AUUAUCAUGUUGUGUUGAUAUCGGACUAUUAGCCAUUGUGUUGUAAUUGAAACUUAAUCAAUUUAAAUUUAGUUAUUUUUUAAGUAAUUAUUUGUAAACAAACGUAUAUAAUUAAUGUAAUAAAUAAAUGUGAUUUUCAAGAUUAGUGCAUUUAAAUUUCGUCACACUGUAGAUUGUGUUUAUCCUCAAGUUGUCGUACAAGUUUCUGCAAAAUGUCUACAAGUGAAGCCGAUACUAUGAGUGAUUCAAAUUUAGAUUCUCCAUUUUCUCAAACAGAAUCGCCUUAUAGUUCCCCGUCGCAACAAGUACCCCAACUGGCCAAUAACAUUUCGGAGUUAUCAUGUACAGACAAAUUAUACACGCACAAUAGCAAGUGUCCUGAACUGCGCAUUGUGGAGCAACCACAGAACCACUUCAGAUUUAGAUACAAAAGUGAAAUGAUUGGUACACAUGGCUGUCUCCUUGGCAAAUCAUCAAAUAAGUUAAAAACUCACCCAACUGUCGAGUUACGAAAUUUUACUGGGAAAGCUCUUUUAAGAUGUCGAUUGGCUCGGCAUGACAAACCAGAAGAACAUCCACAUAAACUGCUGGAAGAUGACCAGGAUCGGGACGUAAGCAGUAUUCUUCCAGAACAUGGAAGUUACAGAGUCGCGUUCAGUGGUAUGGGUAUAAUUCAUACUGCUAAGAAAGAUGUACCAGCGAUGUUGUAUAAAAAAUAUGCGACAGAAUCUGCGCCAGAUACGCCAUAUAAUGAAAACAAGCUCCGCGUACGGUGUGAGAAUGAAGCAAAGAAUAUCAACUUAAAUAUCGUCCGGCUCAAAUUCAGCGCUCAUGAUUUGUUGACUGAUAAAGAAAUUUGUCCGCCGGUGUUUUCAGAACCCAUUCAUAACAUGAAGAGCGCAGCCACGAAUGAUCUGAAAAUAUGUCGCAUCAGUCGCUAUUGCGGCCGACCAAAGGGCGGAGAUGAUGUUUUCAUAUUCGUGGAGAAAGUUAACAAAAAAAACAUUAAGAUCAGAUUUUUCGAAUUGGACGAAAACGGCGAUCGCGUGUGGACCGCCGACGCGUCGUUCCCGCAGAGCGACGUGCAUCACCAGUACGGCAUCGUGUUCAAAACCCCGGCUUACUCGGAUCCGAAAAUAACAUCAGACGUGAAAGUCCUCGUCGAGUUGGUUAGACCGAGCGACGGGAGAACGAGUGAGCCCAGAGAGUUCACAUACAAAGCGGAAUCGAUAUACUGCCAAACAAAGAAGAGAAAGGCUAACUCUUCCUAUUCUUCCUUUGAUAGUAUGACAGGUUCCAUUAAAAGUUUCAAUGAACUACCCAUUACUAUAGAUUAUAUAAAUCAAAGCGACAACUUGGUUACGCAAGACGAGAUCAUGAACGAAACUCCCGCCUUCACUAUCAAAGUGCCGGCGGGCGCGCACGCGGGCGCCAGCUCGUCGGAGCUGAUGGCGGACGCCAUCUGGAGCCACAGCGUGAGCGCGGGCGCCGACCCGGCCGGCUCAGCCUUCGCGCCGCUGCUGGGCGCGCCCGCCGUGGCCGGCCCGCCCGUGCUCAGCCUGCACUCGUCGGAGAUGGAGCGCAUCCUCGAGCCCGCGCCCGACGAGCGCCGCCGCUUCCUCGACGCCGACCUCGCCGAAUAUUUCCAGUAUUACGAUGGUACCGACAUAAGCGGGCUAAGUACAAUGGACUUCAUUAAGUCGGGAAUGCUGGUCGCUGAUUCAGGAAGAAUCACAAACAUUAAGACAGAGGAAAAUAAUGUCGGUACCGUCAAAGAGGAAAAUUCUAAAAAUAUUAAAAAGAAAACCAAUAUUGAAUAUUCAGCAUUUUACAAAGCAGAAGAUGGAGUUGAAGUUAAAAAACUCGUCAAAGAAUUAUGCGAGAUGAUCAGAAAUAAAACGGGCCACAAGAAACAAAUGGUUAGAAAUAAACUGGAGCGACUCUUUGAAAUGCGAUUGAGUAAUGGAGAUACGUUCUUACAUAUGACACUAUGCAGCAAUCAGCCUAGUCUAGAAUAUAUCGUAAAACUCAUACAUAGUAUGAAAAUGACGAAACUGUUGAAUUUGAAAAACGAUCAGAUGCAAACCAUCCUUCAUCUCGCUGUCAUAAACGAUCUACCAAGAUUGGUUACAUUCCUCGUGUCAAAAGGCUGCAAUCCAAUGGAGGAAGAUGGCGAUGGGAACAAUGCCAUCCACUAUGCUGUUAUAUAUCAAUCAUGUAUUGAACCUCUUUUGGACGCUAUCAAAACCUACUCCGUCCCCUGUGAUAUAAACGCCUAUAACAACGAGAAGCAGACGGCGCUGCACCUGGCGACCAUCUACCGCUGCGCGGACAGCGUGCGCGCGCUGCGGCGGCGCGGCGCCAGCGCGCUCGCGCGCGACGCGGCCGGGCGCGCGCCGCUGCACCUCGCGGCCGCCGCCGCCUGGCGCCGCGGCGCGCGCGACCUGCUGCAGCCGCUCGGCCCGCGCCACGCCCUCCCCGCCGACCGCAGUUACGUUGACAUGGUAGAUGGAAACGGCUACACGCCUCUUCAAAUUAUAUGUGAUGGAGAAAUGAAAGAAAAUACGCUUGAAAUAGCAAAGCAUCUUUUGGAAAACAAAGCGGAUCCGACGAAACACGAAGAGUACAACCAACCAGCGUGGAAACUAGCUCGCGAUAAACCAGCGUUGCUACAACUACUACAGGCUUACAUGGACCCACGAAUCGUUAUUGAGGACGAUAUCAAAUCGGAGCCUGAGGACGAGUUUGAGUCAGCGGACGAAGACGAGGCCGAGCCGGCGCUGGCGGAGUUGCCGCAGUUCGUGGACGAGCUGGCGGCGGCGCUGGAGCGCGACGCGGCGUGGCGCGAGCUGGCGCGCAGACUGGCGCGGGACGCGCUCUCGGCGCGACACCUGCUGCUGCAACUCAAGGAUAGUGAUAUUAUCACUACCAAAUCUUUAGCUCAUCUACUAGAGGACAUGGGCGAAGUUGAAGCAGCCUCCAUAGUAAAAAGAUAUGUAUAUUAUUGAAAUUGAAUUGCUAAUUGGACAAAUGAUAUUUAUAACUCCAUAGUUUGAAGUUAAUUUAUGUAUAAUAAUUCAUUUAAUUAAAUCUAUGACACUAAUAGUUAUUACAUAAUUAUUACUGACUUUAAAACAUUUUUCUCUUGUGAUUUAAAUUUUAAGAAGUGUUUUUUUAUCAAUAAGUUGAUGUUUAGAAAAAAGAAACACUUUUGUAUUGUUUAAUACCACAUGUAAAAAAUUUAUGUUAUUAAAUGUUACUAUAUUUUGUAAAUACAAUGUAGUCCAUAUAUUGGAUUGCCAUUAAUUUUAUCAUAUUAAUAUUUUUUUUAGGAAAUUCGGUAUAGAAUAAGGUAAUGUAGUUUUCAAAAUGGAUUUAU